AAUUUUUAAUUGUAAUUUGUAUGCACUUCUCUUUCACUUGCUACUUAACCAUUCUAAGUGUAUUCAUAGUGUUCUGGAAGUCGACGCAGUCCACCUACUUCGGUUUUUGUGAUCUUUUUCGAGUUUCCUCGGAGCAGCUUUUUCGUGAGUACUGAAAUUUUGUUUUGUUGUUAUCACGUUGUGCUUGUUUCUCACAACCACUAACAGCUGUUUUCCGGAGACUUUAACAGUGGUUGCCAUUGUUUCUGAAUUAUUAUAUACACCAUACCUCCACCUACUUCUAUCCAGUGACUUUAACGCUGGUACUUAUCUAUCUACUACUACUACAUUAUAUACAAACCAUCAAUACUCGUCAUGAAUUCAGGAAAUAAACCAGUUAAUAGCUCUUCCUCUGACCGGGUUCUUCGUACCCGUACUACUACUACCCAACCUACCUCCUCAAAAGUUCUCUCUCCGGUUGCAAGUUCUUCAACUAUAGAUGACGUGAUGUCGACUCUACUUUCUUUUCGGAACGACCUUACAACUUCCAAUGAGAAACUAUCUGCCGCCCAAGCAUCUCAAUUCAGAGACUUAAAAAAUGACCUUAAGAACCUUUCAUGUUUAAUUGCGGACCUUAAAGCCGAAAAUACUGCGCUACGAAACGACGUUGACUCACUUAUGGACAAAGUUGCGAACCUUGAGUCAGGUUCAACCCCUAACAUUGCAUCUACUACCGUUUCACAAGUUCUUCAGGAGACAUUUGAGCGUGAAAGAUGUUCUUAUAAUGCUCUUGUGUAUGGUGUCCCAGAGUCAAUUUCCUCUACUAUCACUGAACGUGUUAAAGACGAUAAGGAAACUUUUCAAAAACUACUCGAAGAGAAUUCGAUUGAGCCUUCUCAUGGCUCUAAGUACAUUCGACUCGGUAAAGCUCGCGCUGAUUAUGUCCGCCCUCUCAAAGUCAUUUACACUUCAAAAGAAGAUGCAUCUAAACUGAUUGCGUCCUUUGCUGACUUAAGAAACCAAGGGGUAUCAAUUACGCAGGGAUUUCGAAUUGUCAAGGACAAGACCAAACUCCAGCGCGAACAAUUGAGAUCAUGCCACUCGGAAUUUGACCAUAGGACUAGAAAUGGCGAAUCUGGGCUAUCCAUCAAGUACAUAAACGGUUCUCCGAUUGUGAUCUCUGAAGGGUCAAAAAACGGAGUUCACCAUCGGCGACUAGCCGAUCCAAUAACCAACACCAAAAUCAACUAGUAGCUUCCACCUCAUUAUCCGGCU